CGCUCUACGAGCUUCACCCACCUUUAACUAUGGCCUCGUCGCCCGAGAAGAAGCAGAAGACGGCGUCCAUCUCGACCGCCAGCUCGCUACUGCGCUUCUACCGUACGCCGGCCUUCACGGCCCACGCCAACCGCACGCUGCUGGCCAAUCUGCGCGCUCAGGUGGGCGCUGAGGCUGGCCUGCAGGUGGAUGAGCUCGUGACCGAGUACUGCUUCUACGUGGAGACCAAGGCCGAUACUGGCCCGCUGUUGGCCGCCGAUCAGGAGACGCUCCACUGGCUGCUGAGCGAGACUUUCGAGCCGCAGCAGACGCGACCGGACCAGCCGUUCCUGGCCACCUCGGAGCAGAGCAAAGAAUGGCUCGUGGAGGUCGGGCCACGCAUGAACUUCUCCACGGCCUGGUCUAGCAACGCUGUGGUCAUUUGCCAGGCUUGUGGCAUCUCGGCCAUCAAGCGCAUUGAGCGGGCCACGCGAUACUUGGUGCGCUACACGGCCACCAAGCCGGAGGCCGUUGAGACGCUUAAGCAGGCACUUCUUCGUCACGAAUGUGACCGCAUGACGCAGCAGGUGUACGAGGAGCCUCUGACCAGCUUCUGGCACGGUAAGACGGUACAGCCCGUCCGUAAGAUUCCCAUCAUGGAGCGGGGCAUUGACGCGUUAAAGGAGAUCAACGAGGAGAUCGGUCUGGGCUUCGAUGACUGGGACCUGCAGUACUACCUAAACCUAUUCAAGGAGAAGCUGCAACGCAACCCGACGGACGUCGAGUGCUUUGACAUGGGCCAAAGUAACUCGGAGCACUCGCGUCAUUGGUUCUUCGGCGGUAAGAUCGUCGUGGACAGCAAGGAGAUGCCGCAGACGCUUUUCCAGAUGGUGAAGAACACGCUCACGGAGAACGCCAAGAAGAACAGCGUCAUCGCCUUCCACGACAACUCUUCGGUCAUCAAGGGCGCCAACAUUGUGACCCUCGGUCCCGUAAACCCCGGUGAGCCCUCGGCCGUGCAGGAACGCACCCUGGACAGCCACUUGUUGCUGACGGCCGAGACCCACAACUUCCCAUCCGGCGUGGCCCCGUUCCCUGGUGCUGAGACGGGCACGGGCGGCCGUAUCCGUGACGUGCAGGCGACUGGCCGUGGUGCUAACGUCGUGGCCGGCAUCAGCGCGUACUCCGCUUCCAACGGUGCGUCCGACUACGGUAACAAGUUCGGUGAACCCGUUGUCACGGGUUUUGCCCGUUCGUUCGGUAUGGUGCUGCCUAACGGUGAGCGUCGCGAGUACAUUAAGCCCAUUAUGUUCUCGGCCGGCCUCGGCCAACUCGAUGGCCGUCACUGCACGAAGGGUGAACCGGAGAUUCAGAUGUGGGUGGUCAAGAUCGGUGGCCCGUGCUACCGUAUCGGUAUGGGCGGAGGUGCGGCCUCCAGCCGUAUCCAGGAUACCAAGACGGCCGACCUGGACUUCAACGCUGUCCAGCGUGGCGACGCCGAGAUGGAGUGCAAACUGAACAAGGUGAUCCGUGCGUGUUGCGACCUGGGUGAGAAGAACCCCAUCGUGUCCAUCCACGACCAGGGUGCCGGUGGCAACGGUAACGUGCUGAAGGAGAUCGUCGAGGUGUCCAACUCGAAGCCUGGCGACGCUAACCGUGGCGGCGCGCGCUACGAGGUGCGCGACAUUCUGGUGGGUGACGACACGCUGUCUGUUCUGGAGAUCUGGGGCGCGGAGUACCAAGAGAACGAUGCGUUGCUGCUGCGUCCGGAGCACGUGGAGCUAUUCGACAAGAUCUGUAAGCGUGAGAACUGCCCGUACGCGCUGCUGGGCCAGGUGACUGGCGACGGCCACGUGGUACUGCACGACUCGCAGGACGACUCGACCCCAUUCGACCUGGACUUGGACCUGGUGCUGGGUAAGAUGCCUCAGAAGAUAUUCACGGACACGAAGGCCACGGAGCCCGUCUCGGAGCUGUCGCUCCCGGCGGACAUUACUCUGCGCGACGCGCUGGACCGUGUGCUGCGUCUCCUGUCGGUCGGCUCGAAGCGGUUCCUGACCAGUAAGGUGGAUCGCUCGGUCAGCGGCCUGAUUGCGCAGCAGCAGACUGUCGGCCCGCUUCAGAUGACGCUGGCCGACUGCGCCGUUGUGGCCCAGUCGCACCUUCCCAACAAGGAUGGCAAGUUCACUGGUGUUGUCAGUGCGUGUGGCGAACAGCCUGUGAAGGGCCUGGUGAACCCUGGCGCUAUGGCCCGUUUGAGUGUGGGCGAGUCGCUGACUAACAUGGUGUGGGCUGCGCUUGGUGGCCGUGGCCUGGACGACUGCAAGUGUUCGGCCAACUGGAUGUGGGCGGCCAAGCUGCCCAAUGAGGCUGCGCGCAUGUACGAGUGCUGUGAGGCCAUGACCACGUUCAUGAAGCAGGUUGGUGUGGCCGUCGACGGCGGCAAGGACUCGCUGUCCAUGGCCGCCAAGGUCAACAAGAAGGACGUCAAGACGCCCGGCACGCUGGUUAUUACCAUGUACGCGCCGACGGAGGACGUGGAACUAAAGGUGACACCGGACCUCAAGACACACGCCGGCGACAGCUUCGUGUACUACGUGGACGUGGGCAAGGGCGCCAAUCGUCUGGGCGGCUCGGCACUGGCUCAGGUGUACGGCCAGGUUGGCAAUGUGUCGCCGGACGUCGAGGACCCCGAACUGUUCAAGAACGCGUUCAACGCCGUCCAGACCGGCAUCAAGAACGGCCACCUGCUUGCCGGCCACGACCGUAGCGACGGUGGCCUCAUUGUUACGUUGCUGGAGAUGGCUUUCGCUGGCAAUUGCGGCCUCGACGUGAACAUUCCGUUCGCCGGCGGCAAGACCACGACCAAGGACGUUAUCCAGUUGCUGUUCGCCGAGGAACUGGGCUUUGUCUUCCAAGUGGCCGCUGGCCAGCACGCCACCGAAGUGGAGGCGAUCUUCAGCAAGCUGAACGUGCCGCUUGUCAAGCUAGGUAAGGUGACGACGGACGGCACCAUUAAGGUGAGCGUGAAUGGCAAGAGUGUAUUGGAGGACCAGAUGGCGGACCUACGUGACGUGUGGGAGGCGACCAGCUUCGAGCUUGAGAAGCGCCAGUGCAACCCCGAGUGCGUGGCCCAGGAACAGCGUUCGCUGCGUACGCGUACAGCUCCGUCCUGGAAGCUGUCGUACGAACCCAAGGCCACGCCCGAGCGUCAGUUGAGCACCCGUGCCCAGCACCGCGUGGCCGUCCUUCGUGAGGAAGGUAGCAACGGUGAGCGUGAGAUGCUGGCCGCAUUCCAUCACGCCGGCUUCGAGGUGUGGGACGUCACCAUGUCGGACCUGGUCAACAAGCGCGUCGUGCUGGACGAAGGCUUCCGCGGCGUGGCGUUCGUAGGCGGAUUCACAUUCGCUGAUGUACUGGGCUCGGCCAAGGGCUGGUCGGGCGUCGUCAAGUUCCACGGCGACGUGUUGAAGCAGUUCGCGGCGUUCAAGGCUCGCGACGACACGUUCAGUUUCGGUGCGUGCAAUGGCUGCCAGUUCAUGACUCUGCUUGGCUGGCUCGACCGCCCAGAGGCCAAGGCUCUGGAGGAAGAGACGAAGACGUCGUCCCAGCCGCGUUUCGUACACAACGAGUCGGGCCGUCACGAGUCUCGCUUCGUGUCGGUGCAGAUCCAGGAAUCGAACGCGGUGAUGCUGCGUGGCAUGGCCGGCUCGUCCCUGGGUGUCUGGGUCUCGCACGGCGAGGGCCGCGCGCACUUUACGCACCCGAAGAUCCAGAAGACGUACGUGGCCAGUGGCGCCGCCGCUAUCCGCUACGUGGAUGACUCCAACGUGCCGACGGAGGAGUACCCGUUCAACCCGAACGGCUCGCCGCAGGGUAUUGCCGGUCUCGUGUCGAGCGAUGGCCGCCACAUGUGCCUCAUGCCGCACCCGGAACGCUGUUUUCUCAAGUACCAGUGGCCGUACAUGCCGGCUGAGUUCAAAGCGCACCCGGUCAGUCCGUGGAUGCAGAUCUUCCAGAACGCCAAGUCGUUCUGUGAGGGCCAGUAA